UUGGUGUAUACGGUUUUCGGUUGGAGUUCCAUACACGGACAUUACUUAGCUUAGUUUCCCUUGAUGUGUCCGUUUUUGGAGCUCUUUCUGGAACUGAUAACAUGACCUAAAAGCCUAAUUUAAUUUUUAAGAAUUUUUGUGCCGGUUGGUGGGCUGUUUCAUCAAGCUUAGUGCUGGACAGUAGAACGCUGUGGUGGAGAUGCCUGACCAGUACCAACCUGCGUAGCUACUGGGUAGAACACUGAUCCCGUUGCACUACGGUGUGCUGCGUGUUAUGGCCACAGACUCACCAUGCUGAAGUUCAUCUUGAUUAUCUCCAAGCAGGGCCAGACUCGUCUGGCCCAAUAUUAUGACGAGAGACGAGAACCGACACAGAAGACCUCGCUGGAGGCAGAAUUGAUCAGAAAGGUGCUUCUCAGAGGAAACAAAGGGUGCUCAUUCCUGGACUAUCAAGACUUCAAGGUUGUGUACCGUCGGUACUUGUCACUGUAUUUCCUCAUCGGCAUUGACAAGGAAGAAAACGAAGUAGCAAUCUUGGAAUUUAUUCACCUCAUCGUGGAGACCUUGGACAAAUAUUUCCCCAAAGUGACUGACUUGGAUAUCAUGUUCAAUCUGGACAAGGUGUACAUGAUCCUUGAUGAGAUGGUGGUGAAUGGCUGCAUCGUAGAGACUAGCAAAGCCAAGAUAUUGGAACCUGUCAGGCUGAUAGAGCAGCAUCGAUGAUGGAAGCCCAUCAGUGAACUUGGGGCCUAUGCUGUGGUUUCGGCUCCAAGCUGUUGAGCUAAGCCCGCAUGCAACAAAAAUGCAAAAUCAACUGUUAACAUGAUCAGAGGACUACGGUGCUGUUUCAUGUUGUAUGUUUUCGUGUUUAUGCAAUUCUCAAGUUCAGAGAAGUUGGUACCCUGUGUGCUGAUAACAGUAAGACUGUUAUUUUGGACUUCCAAGAACCAGUUCACCUCAGGCAUCAGUGGUCUAUCAACUGGCCUCACUUGGCUUCUCUUGAGAGAAAAAAAGGACACCCUCAGCCGUGCAUGCGUGCAGCAAGUGUCAAUGUCAUGUCAUUUCAACCCAGAAUAGUCAACUUGGGCAUUUUGUUCGUGAAAUUCUUUAAUUGGUCUUUUAUAUAAAAUACUCAAAUAUUAAGAUAUCGCACCUCUGUCAAUCCAUUUUUAAAAAUAUUUAUGUAAAGAAAAUGACAUGCUAAGGCCUGUUUCAAGAUGCUUGAUUGCCGCACCGACUGAAAUAAAAACGUUUCAGGUAAAAGACAGAUGAUUAUGUACAUUGCUGAUUAUUCUC